CGUAACAAGGUAAAAAGGUAUGUAUGAUAAUUUAAAUGUAGGCAGCAGCGGUGGCCGCAGUAGUAGACUCUUCGGUCUCCUGAUCAGUCGCCGUGCGCUGUGGUAGACGGUCUCUGACUGUCGAACGUGGAGGUACCACCCGGCGGAUCUCGUAGGCGGAGCCAGAAUGUGUGCAUGUUGCAUGCACACGUGUUCCCUCGCCAGAGUCCGUGUG